UUUGUGUCAAUAUCGUUGUUUUCACGCUCGUCCGUGCUCCAUCCGAGUUUCUUCAAUAAGUAACCAACCGAGAGUGUUGUGUGCGGCCAGCCACAAGGAAGCAAGAUCAGGCAGUGCGGCAGCACCGAAUUCCGACUUGUUGAAAGUCAUUCGACUUUACCAACAAACCGACUGAGGGCCUAUGGGUGCGGUUUUCGCGUUGUAGUCAAUUUCCCAACCUAAACCAACAGCAUCCAGCGCAAUUUCUCUUGAGCAGAGUGGUAAAUUCCCGCAGCUGUUUAGUUUGUGUUGUCGAGUUACUUGGUUCGCAACAAAGAGAGGAGAAAAAAACUUGAGCAACCAAACCGGAACAACAGUGUAGUUUUUCUUUGCAACGCGUAUCAAAUUCGCUAAUCAGUCAGUAUAAGUCCAGCGCAGAAGAAUAGUGCAUCGAUUUGCUGAAGUGCUACGGAUCGCGGCUUGGUGGGGGACUGUGCAUUUGUUCCGAGGAAUAAAAGACACACACAGAGAGGCACAUACGCGUGCACAAAUCUACGCACAUACUUGAAGGACAGUACCUUUCGGCGUCGCAGAGAACGGAAGUGAACGCGCGGAGCUUUAAAAAUGUUAACACCACGGAUACUCAGAAUAGCGAUAGUGUUAUGCGUCAUCAUAGCAAUCUUCUCACAGACCACCGACAGCGCUCAGACAAAACGACGUAUUCGCCGACCGACCAGUCUCAAAUCAUCGACGGCUUCAUCCAAACAGCCCAUCGAGGACAACCAGAUCCCGACCAAAAAGAUUGCCCAGGACCGAUCGGAUCAGGCUCCCGCCUCGGCCACAAACCGGUUCCGCGUGCGUUCUAAAACACGUGGUGGGACAGCCCUUGCCGCAGGUGCCGGAGCCGCCGUUCUAGCUGGUGCCGCUACCAAUGCGUUGGUCACCAAGAAGGUCCAGGAUAAGGACGGAUAUAAGAUCGUUUGCUACUAUACCAACUGGUCCCAGUACCGUACUAAGAUUGGUAAGUUUGUCCCGGAGGACAUUCCGGCAGAUCUCUGUACCCACAUCAUAUUUGCAUUCGGGUGGCUGAAAAAGGGUAAGCUAAGUUCUUUCGAAAGUAACGAUGAAACGAAGGACGGCAAAACUGGCUUGUACGACAGAAUGCUGGCCCUGAAGAAGGUCAAUCCCAAACUAAAGGUGCUGUUGGCGAUCGGUGGUUGGUCGUUUGGAACUCAGAAAUUCAAGGAAAUGUCCGCUACACGUUAUGCCCGGCAGACCUUCAUUUACUCGGCAAUUCCAUUCCUGCGUCAGCGAGGUUUCGACGGACUUGAUAUGGAUUGGGAGUACCCGAAGGGAACGGACGAUAAGAAAAACUUUGUCCUACUGCUGAAGGAACUGAGAGAGGCAUUCGAAGCCGAGUCGCAGGAGAUUCGCCAGCCAAGACUGCUACUGACUGCUGCCGUACCCGUUGGUCCGGACAAUGUGCGUGGAGGAUAUGAUGUACCAGCGGUGGCCAGUUACUUGGACUUUAUCAACCUGAUGGCUUACGAUUUCCAUGGAAAAUGGGAACGUGAAACGGGACAUAAUGCUCCGCUGUAUGCUCCUUCGUCGGAUUCGGAAUGGCGUAAGCAACUGUCGGUUGAUUUCGCGGCUAAUUUGUGGGUGAAAAUGGGUGCACCGAAGGAAAAACUAGUUAUCGGUAUGGCGACUUACGGGCGUUCAUUCACUUUGUCUAACACGGAUCGCUGGAAGGUUAAUUCGCCAGCAAAGGACGGAGGAAAGGCAGGUGAAUACACCAAGGAGUCUGGGUUCUUGGCAUACUACGAAAUUUGUGAGCUUCUGUUGAACGGAGCUGCGUACGUUUGGGAUGAAGAGAUGAAGGUUCCUUAUAUGGUCCAUGGAGAUCUGUGGGUUGGAUUCGAUGACGAACGGUCCAUUCGUAACAAGAUGGUCUGGGUUAAGACCAAUGGCUAUGCUGGCGCUAUGGUGUGGACCGUGGACAUGGAUGACUUCAGUGGAACGGUUUGUGGAGGAAACGUUAAAUAUCCGCUGAUCGGUGCUAUGCGUGAGGAAUUGCUGGGCGUGAGUCGUGGCAAGGAAGCUAAGGAUGUCAACUGGUCCGAGGUGGCCGCUACUAUCCAAGAGAAGGAAGAAGAGUUACCUGCUCCUAUUGUGAUUCCCGUCGAAGAGUUACUCAGCAAGAUUCAGAAACCACAGAAAAAGAUCAUCAAACAGGGAUUGGCAGCUAUCGAAAAGAAUUCUCGUCCAGGUCAAGUAUUUUGUUAUCUAACCAGCUGGUCCUCCAAGAGACCUGGAGCCGGAAAGUUCGAACCCAAGGACAUUGACGCUAAACUGUGUACUCAUGUGGUAUACGCAUUCGCCACUCUGAAGGACCACAAACUUACCGAGGCCAACGAAAGUGAUCCGGACAUGUACGAUGAGGUAAUCGCUCUUCGCGAAAAGAACCCGGAUCUGCAAAUUCUGCUGGCCAUUGGAGGAUGGGCCUUCGGAUCAACUCCAUUCAAAGAGCUAACUUCGAACGUGUUCCGUAUGAACCAGUUUGUCUAUGAGGCUAUUGAAUUUCUACGGGAGUAUCAAUUCAACGGUUUGGAUGUAGACUGGGAGUACCCACGGGGGGCGGACGAUCGUAAGGCUUAUGUGGAUCUUCUUCGUGAACUGCGCAUUGCUUUCGAGGGUGAAGCCAAGACUUCCGGUCAACCAAGACUGCUGCUCACGGCUGCUGUGCCAGCGUCUUUCGAAGCCAUUGCCGCAGGCUACGAUGUUCCAGAAAUUUCCAAAUAUCUUGAUUUCAUUAACGUUAUGACCUACGACUUCCAUGGGCAAUGGGAACGUCAAGUCGGCCACAAUGCCCCAUUGUUCCCGCUAGAUACUGCCUCUGCCUAUCAAAAGAAAUUGACCGUAGACUACAGUGCUCGGGAAUGGGUCAAGCAGGGAGCUCCCAAGGAGAAGUUAUUGAUCGGUAUGCCGACUUAUGGUCGUUCGUUCACGUUGGUCAACCAGACACAGUUCGAUAUUGGAGCACCCGCUUCUGGAGGUGGAAACCCCGGUAAAUUCACCAACGAAGCUGGAUUCCUGAGCUACUAUGAAAUAUGUGCCUUCCUUGGAGUGGACAACACAACCCUGGUGUGGGAUUCUGAGCAGCAAGUGCCAUUCGCCUACCGCAAGGAUCAGUGGGUCGGAUUCGAUGAUGAGCGAUCACUGAAAACGAAGAUGGAGUGGCUGAAAGAGAUGGGAUUCGGUGGCAUUAUGGUGUGGUCUAUUGACAUGGACGAUUUCUCCGGUCGUUGUGGAAGCGGAAAGUUCCCACUGCUGAGUGUUCUUAAUAAUGAACUGGAGGACUACAAGGUUCUGCUGGAAUAUGAUGGUCCCUAUGAGUCGUCCGGACCACGCGGUGCUUACACCACCAAGGAUCCAAACGAAGUCACUUGCGCCGAAACGGACGGUCACAUCAGUUAUCAUCCAGACAAAAGCGACUGCACUCACUACUUCAUGUGCGAAGGAGAACGCAAACAUCACAUGCCUUGCCCAGCCAAUCUGGUCUUCAACCCAAAUGAAAAUGUGUGCGAUUGGCCUGAAAACGUUGAGGGUUGCCAAAAUCAUGGGCAGGCUUCUGCUUAAACAUUUCUUGUCCUCUAGGGUGGUCCCAGAGCCUCGAGCCUCAAACUUUACAAAAAGGUUCGUAAGCAAAACAGAAUAUUGCGUUGAUACGGUCAAAGAGGGAUCUUAAGGUCCACAAAAAAAUACUCCAACCGUUGGUCACCUUCGGAGCAGCAUAUUUAUGGGUAAUCAAACAAUUGAUAAACCUAUUGUAAAUAUCUCUUAUUCAACUUUAACUCGAAUUGCACCCAGUUAAACCGAAAUCUGCAAAUGAAAACUAAAUAUCACUGCCUCUCAUAAGUAAAUUCAAGACGCAUAACUGCCUUUUCUACCUUAUAUUCAGCUGGAAUUGUUCACAAACUCGAUCAGUUAUAAUCGCACAGAAACAUGUAAACAGUCACAAAAGACACAAACUAUUCGUAGAGAAAAUCUAAGAGCCACUCUUUUUUAUAUCCUUUAUGUUUAAAGAAUGCUAUUUAUAUACGAGAGAAUUAAGAAUCCUCCCCCUUUACACCUAAGUAUUGUUAAAAUAACGAACGAGCUAUGGAUACGGAGCAUCAGAAAAAUUAAAUAAAAACAAGCUAUAUGCACGAUGAAUAGCGCUAUUCAUCAAACAAACAAUAACAAAAAAACAAACAAGGGAACCAUGUUAAGAAGAAAAAUCAGGAGAAAGCAGCUUCUUAAUUUUGGUUUAUAGUUUUCACCGAAUUUUUAUUUUCUAUCUGCAAUGUUUCACAAAACAGCUGAUUCGUAAACUCUGUGUAAAUGUGUUUUUGAAUAGAUGUAUAAAAUCUGUGAUAAUUAAGUGUAUAUAAACAGCAAAAACAAAACUCAGAACAGAAGCGUGUUUGACAUCGGAAAAAGUAAAACGAAGGAAAGAAAAAUUGUUAAAAGUAGGAAGAUGAAUGGACUGCUCAUUUUCUAUUUGUAAGAAAAUUAAUGUGGUACUACGGACCACGCCAGCAAGUAGUUGCAUUAAAUCUUCCGAAAUCAACAGUAGGUAUGGUGGAAAAGAUGAGCAGAGAAAGAAAUCAGCAAUCAUAAGCGAAAGAAGCGAAACAAAAAUCAAACAGGACAUAGGACAACGUUACGGCAAGAUCUAGACAGUGCCUCUGGUAAUUGAAGUCGUCGAAUCGUGAAGCAAAAACAUUUGAGAUAACUGAAACUGCAAGUAAACAGUCUAGAUGUAAAUGUAACAAUUGUAAUUUACCAAUGGUACAGAACGAUUUUUUUGAAAUAAAGAAUUAUUUAAA